UACCUCAUUCUAAACCACAUGCCAUUAGUAAUAGAUAAUAAACAAUUAGCCGCUACUCCUUCACAAUGAAUGUUUUCAGCCAGGAUAAAGAACUUAAAUGAACUUGAAAUAUUUUAGGAAGCAACAUAUAUAAAACCAAAUAAAAGUAAAUAUUUUCAUUUUGGAUUUUACACUUGGAUAAUAAAGAUGUGGAUUGAAAAACUGACGGUAGUCGUUAUUUGCCUUGGCUGUUGUAUACAUGGACAGCGAGAUCGGGAAGAUGUUAAAAAUGAUCUGACAAUUGAUCAGGUUAUACUUGGAGCAAUGGGCGGUACAAACAGAGUUGCUGCUAGCUUGACUUUACCGGACCCAAACCGAACACUCGCUGAAUUGGAUAUGGUUUUAACAAAGAAGCAAUAUGAUUCAAUGUAUGGUAACUCUACCAGAACAAAGAGGAAAGCUGUAAGCGAUGAGACUGUUUAUUGGACAGGUGGGCAGGUUCCAUACAAGUUCGCACCUAAUCAUUUUAGUGGUUAUGAGCAAUGGAUGUUAAAAGUUGCAAUGAGAGAGUGGGAGAAGUUUACAUGUGUUCGAUUCCACGAAGCUCGACCAUCUGAUUCAAACUAUGUCUACUUUCAAGAUGGAUUAGGAUGCAAUUCUCAACUUGGUAUGGUUGGAGGCAUGCAAAUUCUUAACCUAGACAAAGGCGGUUGUAGAUUUAAAGGCUUAUAUCUACACGAAAUUGCACAUGCUCUUGGAGUAGUACAUGAGCAUCAACGUCCUAUACGUGAUAACUACAUUACUAUCCUUUAUCAGAACGUAGAACCAAGCAUGAAAAUAUGGUUCCAGAAGUACAAUCCAGCUGCUAUAAAAAGUCAUAAUGUAGAUUAUGAACUAUCUUCCGUUAUGCAUUAUGGAGUUAAGGCUUUUUCUGGGAAUCAACAACAAACUAUCCGUGCCAAGGAUCAAAGUAGAGAAAGUGAAAUUGGCCGGGUGUAUGCCAAAGAAUUGUCCUUUACUGACGUAGAAAUUGUCAACAGAAUGUAUAACUGUGUUAAAGAAACUUCAGAGUGUGGUGGUGUGACAUGCGCAGGGAAGGGUUAUCUUGAUCAGAAUUGUAAAUGUAUAUGCCCUGAUGGGUCAGACGAAUGUACCAGUGGAACAACAAGAGAUACAUCUAAAAGCAAUAAUGCAGCGACUGAUAGAGAAAACUGGCUGUGUUACAUAUGGUCACGACAAGGUGAAUGUCAAAGGAAUCCAGGUUAUAUGAAAUCCAACUGUGAAAAAGCAUGUGCUCAAGAAAUGAAAAACACACAAGGACAAAAUAGUUUGUGUGAAAACACAUACGAUGAUGCCACUUGUGACAAAUGGAAGAACGAAGUUGGAGAUUGUAGAGUUGCUGAACAUUUCAUGAAAAAAAACUGUAGGAAGUCGUGUGGUUAUUGCAACGAUUUCACCAUUAACCGUACACCGCCACAGACCCAGUGUAUGAAUGCUCAUAAUAAUGACACAGCUUGUGAAACAUGGGGCAGGAAAGGGGAAUGUAUAAUAAAUGACAGAUGGAUGCCACUGAACUGUAGAAAGGCGUGCUUUACAUGUCCAUUUGAUGAACAAACUGUUAAUACAGUCAAACCUUCAGGGUCAACCACCCCUACACGAAGACCAAUGACAACACGACGACCAACUAGACCUCCUGUGAUUACAACACAACCUACAACUAGGAAACCAGUCGCGGAUUGUGUCAACCGUUAUCCAAAUAAAGAUUGUGAUGUUUGGGCACGGUACAAACAUUGCACAAUAAAUCCCACUUUUAUGGAAGCUAAUUGCAUGCUUUCCUGUAAGGUAUGCCAGGAUAAUGAUGGUGGAGUUGGUGUGACAGAAAAAACAGUCAUGAAUAAUUGUAAAGACACAUGGACAAGUCCAGAAAUGUGUCCAAUCUGGGCAGAACAUCAACAUUGUGUCAUUAAUCCAGGGUUCAUGCUGAAACGCUGUGCAAAAUCUUGUAGAAGAUGUACAACAGGUUUAAGACAAGCCGCAGAACAAGUCGUUCAAGAAAGCACAGAGAACAAUGCGAACACACUCAUAGGAACUCUUUCUAGUUUAUCGUUGAUGCUGGUUUUGUUAUUGGUUAUUGUUUAAUAAAACUGUUUAUAAUAAACUGCUAGUAUUUCAUCCUGUAAUUACCCCUGCAUUGUACAAAUAAUAGGCACACAUAAAUCUUAUCUUUACGUCUUGUACAAUUAAAGUUGUCUGAAACUCCGCUUCCAUGUUGAACAAAUGGUAAUGUGAAUAUUUAUUUGUAUGUAGCCGUUCAUUUUGGGAUCCUCUUCGCAGUUCACGCUCACACAAUGUCAAUUUCUUUGAAAAAUCAGAGGCAACUUUUCGGAUAUAAACAAAUGUCCCUACAUUUAACCUUUUAUACCAACUAGGCAAUGUAGCCAGAUAUUAGCAAUCAACACUCAUUUAGGCCAAUGUACAAACAGCUAAAGACAAUUGUAAAUAUUAAUUUCAUCCAUGUUCAGUUCAUAUACAUUGAAAACCGUUCCAAUAGCAAAUAGUUGCAAUUUAGGGUGUUCUGCUCGAGACCAUAUUUUCUACCAAUAACUAUUAUUGAUAUUAAAUGUAUAUAGUUUUAUCUAAAGGCUAUUUUUCAAACGUGCAUAAUAUAUUAUUUUGAUUUUUUAUUUGUUUGAUUUUAUUCUGGUUACCUUGUAAAUUAUAAAUCAAAUUAUAAAGUCGACGCCGGCAAAUAAUCUUCAAUAAAUAAAGGAUCUCUAGAAACUUGAGACGAAGCACUAAACUUUGAAGUGCCGCAUGUAAAUUACAGGAUAAAAAAAAUGUAUAUUGUCGGGUAUAUAUUUAUAUGCAAUCUCUAUAGGAAACAGGAGUAAAGGUCGACGAGUUAUGAAAACAUCGUACAAACAAAUAUUUAUAUUUUACGACAAUGUACAUAUAUUGUAUAUAUAUAUUUCUAUCAUUGACUAAUUUAUCUUUGGUGCUGUUAUUGUUAUUGAUUAUUGUUUAAUAAAAAUAUGUAAAUGUA